UGUCAGAAAAAAAACAAAACUAAAAUUGCCAAUUCCAAUUUGUCAGUAAAUUUUUUAUCUUUGUUGUUUUCUUUGUUUCCUAAUUCAAACUUCGAUUUGAACGUUCUAAUUUAAGAUUCAUUUGAAAGUUCAUUGGACAAACACGAAGAUGAUAUCUAUUUUCCUCUACAGUACUAGCCCGGUUAUUUGAAUUCUCUUCUCUAAAUGAAGAUUUUAUUAUAACUGAACUUGGAAAUAUUUUUUGUCUGAUAAAUGGCAGGCAAUAUGCCGAAAAUACCUUAUAAAUCUGAUAAAUCUAGGGACGACGACGAAGAUUACGAGAUUGUGUCCUUCGAAGAUUUCUGUGAUAAGUCGCCUAAUUGCAAAACAGAUUUGUUGACUUUGAAUGACAACAUAAAUUAUCGGCUUUGUUAUGAAAGUGAUAAGACGGCAAAAUACCGUGAAAAUGAAGGAGAAUCAUCGAGCAGGGAUUUAGAAAGCCAUACAGAAACGUCGCUAAGUGGUCCCAAAAAUGUUACUUUUAAAAGAAAACUAUCAAACUCAUUUGCUCCAUUUGGGAGAUUCAAUGGAAAGACCAAUCGUGGGCCCCUCUUUAGUGGGGUAAUACCAAAGCCUAGGAAUGAAGGGGAGUCCAGCUCCAGGGAACAUAGAUAUCAGCGGUUUUCCGAGAGCCGCAAUAUAUUCCAGCGUGCGUGGGAACACUUCCCUGGCAUGGGGUCAGGUGUGCUGGGUCUCUUGCUGCUGUGUGCUCUGUGCAUCGGUGCCUGGUGGGCGGCCUCUGGUGCAAUGGGCGGUACCUGGGGAGAGGAGCAUUACAGGAAACUGUGGGAGCGAGCGCAUCCUGAUAAUACAAAGAAGCCGCCAACACCACUUACGUAUGAAAAGAUUCUGCCCGAGCAUCGAUACCACGACCACAAUAAUCUAAGCACAAAGAACAAAGGCAACGCCACCGAGUUCACAAGGCGGAGAGACUACAACAAGAAGAGCUACAUGGAACGUACCCCGGAAAUAUUGAAGGAGAUGUGUGAGAAGAUUGCUGAUAACAUGCGCUUCGAUUGUUUCCCACGGGGCAGUCCCAAUGAGAAGGAUUGCGUUAAUAGAGGCUGUUGUUGGAAUCCCGUGACACUAGAACAGAAAGACGGUAUCCCGUACUGCUUCUUCCCGCCGCAGUACGAUACUUUCCGUUUCCUCAACAUGACCGAGGACAAACAUUCCACCACCGUAUUCUAUGAGAAAGCACGGCCGUCCGGGUAUCCGGAUGAUUUCGAGUUCGCCCGGAUCGACAUCAAAUAUUUGUCGGAUGAAGUGGUGCAAAUUAAGAUUUACGACGCCGAGCACAAUAGAUACGAGCCUCCGUAUCCUGAGAUCGCAAUGGUCCCAAAACCAUUGACGGACAUGAAGCUGAGGGUGAAAAUACCAGAGGACGGGUCCGGUAUUGGAUUUAAAGUAAUAAGGGACAGCGACGAUGUGGUCAUAUUUGACACAGAGGACGUGGGCGGGUUGAUCUUAUCGGAUAUGAUGCUGCAGCUGUCAGCCGUGUUGCCCACCCAUCACAUAUUCGGCCUGGGCGAGAGACGGGCGAGGUUUAUGAUAGACAUGAACUGGCAAACCUUUGCACUCUACAACCGCGACAGGAAACCUAUUGAGAAUGCUAACUUGUAUGGCACUCAUCCAUUCUACAUGGGAAUAGAACCCGGCGGUAACGCACACGGAGUGUUUCUACUCAACUCGAACGCAAUGGACGUGGUGGUGCAGCCGGCGCCCGCCAUCACGUUCCGCGCCACCGGCGGUGUGCUCAACCUGCUGGUGAUGGCCGGGCCCACGCCCGCCGCCGUGCUGCAGCAGUACACCGCUAUACUAGGCCGCCCCGCGCUGCCGCCCUACUGGGCGCUCGGCUUCCAUCUAUGCAAGUUCAACUAUUUAUCACUGAACGCGACACGUGAUGUGUGGAAGAGAAACCGCGACGCGGGCAUACCUUUCGAUGUGCAAUGGAACGAUAUCGACUACAUGAAGAACCGUAAUGACUUCACAUACGACGAGGAGCGGUUCGCGGGCCUGCCGGACUUCGUCGACGAGCUGCAUAAGGAGGGGAUGCGGUACGUCAUGAUUAUUGAUCCGGGCAUCAGUGCGUCUCAGAAACCGGGCACGUACCCGCCGUACGACCGCGGCAUCGAGAUGGACGUUUUCAUAAAAAACAACACCAACCAACCGUUGCUGGGAAAGGUAUGGAAUGAGGGUUUGACCGUGUACCCGGAUUUUACCCAUCCGAACGCGACCGCUUAUUGGGUGGAAAUGUUGACGGCGUAUUAUAAGAAAGUGAAAUACGAUGGUGUUUGGAUUGAUAUGAAUGAGCCGUCUAACUUCGUGGACGGUACAGCAGUGGGCCACUGUGGACCAGAAGUCCUGCCGUACCGGCCCCACAUGGACCCGCUCGCCACACACACGCUGUGCGCGGACGCGAAGCACCACGGCGGACUUCACAAGGACUUGCACAACAUAUACGGACUACUCGAGGCUCGGGCCACAAACUACGCCCUGAGCGAGAUCCGCGGCAAGCGUCCCUUCAUAAUCUCGCGGUCGUCGUUCGCGGGGCUCGGCCGCCUCGCCGGCCACUGGAGCGGCGACAUCAGCAGCGCCUGGCACGACAUGCGCAUGACCGUGCCCGAGCUGCUGAACUUCGCCAUAUUCGGUGUACCGCUAAUGGGCGCGGACAUCUGCGGCUUCACGGGCGACGCCACCCCCGAGCUGUGCCGCCGCUGGAUGCAGCUCGGCGCCUUCUACCCCUUCUCCAGGAAUCACAAUUCGGACACCUCCAAGCCGCAGGACCCGGCCAGCAUGGGCGCGGCGGUGGUGCGCGCGAGCCGGCGGGCGCUGCGGCUGCGCUACCGGCUGCUGCCGCUCUACUACACGCUCUUCUGGCGAGCGCACGUCUUCGGCGGCAGUGUCGUGCGACCGCUUUUCUUUGAGUGGUCAGAUAACGAGGCGGUGUACGAUAUAGACGACCAGUUUAUGGUGGGUCCGUACGUGAUGGUGACACCCAUCCUGACAGAGGGCGCCACCUACGCCACCCCGUACUUCCCAGGUUCCCAGCUCUGGUACAACAUCGUUGAUGGCGCCUUCCUCGCCAAGAACACCACUCGGAACGUUACUGAAGACCAGACUGUGGCUGUCAAGGGUGGAGCGAUACUGCCGCUACAAGAGCCCCCUGUACACGGGCCCGUCAGUACGUCGAACACGCGCAGCUCUCCCAUGCAGCUAAUCGUGAUACCGAGCGAUAUGAACAAGGCCUUCGGGGAAUUAUACUGGGACGACGGCGAUAGCCCCAAUACAUAUGAUGAAAAGAAAUACAGUCAUAUCGAGUUCUACUUGAAUCGCACGAACCUCACCAGUGUAGUCAAAUGGUGGGGGUACGGGGUACCGCCCAUUAAUAAUAUCACAGUCUUCGCUCAGCCCGCGGUCACCGGCGUCACAUACAACGAUUACCCCUGCGAGAAGCCGCGCUGUCAGUACGCGUACAUACCGAAAACGAAGGUACUACACAUUUAUAACAUCAACGUGUCUAUGGAUAAAGCUAUUAAUAUACAAUGGUCUUACAAACAGAACAAACGCGUCGCUGGUACCUUCACACGGUUGUCUGGGUAGGUUUGUGUUAAAUGUAGUGGUAACUUAAGGUAAUACGCAUACAUACCGAAAACAAAGGUAUUGUACAUGUGUUUUAGACAAAACCAUUAUUUUACAAUGGUUUUUUAAACAUAAAAUUUCUGGUUGGUACCUAUACUCGGUUAUCUGAGUAAAAUUGUGUAAAAUAUAGGCAAGGUCAGUGUCUAGACACUUCACAUCUCUUUUAUGACUUAUAUAGAGUUGUGUAAUUUAUUAUCCCAUUUGUACUAUCGAAGUACAGUGGUAGACACAUUUUAUUGCAAAAAGAGGUCCCGAGUUCGAUACUCAGCUGGAUCAAUGUAGGAAACGAUUUUAUAUUAACUAGUACCCCCAAAUGUUCGAUAAUUAGUUAUUCAUAACACGGGGUAAUCUUAGUUUGAGAUUCCCACAACUGAUGGUAUUAUGCGGCACUCAUUUCUAUUUACAAAUAAAUAAAUUACGAAAUAUUACAUCAAUAGAAUAUUAUAUUAAUAAAUACCUGUGUCCUAAAAGAGAAAGCAGUGCAGUAUAAGUACCCAAAAUAAAAUUAUCCCAAAAUAUACCCAAAAUUAAAGAACGUAGUUUGCACACAGAUUACGAACGACAUUUUUUUUACUUCAUUAAUGAAGAGUACCCCAGUGGUACGCAUUAAUAAAGAGUACCCCAGAGGUAUGCAUUAAUGAAGAGUACCCCAGAGGUACGCAUUAAUGAAGAGUACCCCAGAGGUACGUGAUAUAUCGCAUAGUGGAAUGAUACUGUAGGCAAUGUUUUACAUGAGUAUUAUAACUAUAAUUACACUAUGGCCAUAUUGUUAUUGUAAUAAGAGAAUUUAUUUUAUAUUAACAUAUGCGUUACGUGUUGUAGUUUUCUUAGUAAGUAUUAAGACCGUAUCUAUAGCACCAUGAAUGUAUUUUUCUCAGCUUGAUUUAUUAAUUUCCUUUGAUAAGAAUUAACAAAGUCUUCGCAUAGAACUGAGGGCCUACCAUGAAGUGUUUUCCGAAAUUUCAGAGCCAAAUGAAACACAAAUUUGAUGUUAAAAUUACAUAAUACAUGUCGUUUGGAAAUAUUAAAAAUGUUAAAAUAUUGUUCCUUUGGACUUUUAUGAUAGGAUGUAUGACGAACGAAAUGUUAAAUUCCAUUUAUUGAUCUGAUUUUGGUAUAAACAAAAACACGAAAUUGAGUCCAAAUUUCGGAAUUUCAUUUCAUGGUAGACCCGCUGUUUAUUGUGUUCGUGUAAUAUUUUGAAUGGCAGUUGUAUCGAUGGAGGAUUUUGGAAUUUUACUUAAAAUAAAAUAAAAAUAAAAUAAAACAUUGGUAAAGUGUAACGUCUCCAUUUCUCCAUUAUUGUAGUUAUUAAACGAGAAAGUUUAAUAUAGUGAACGAAAUGUGAGAGUAAAUGUUUGCCAAUUAAAUCGCUUGGGAUAUUUUUAUCGUUUGAAUUUUGGAUCUAAUCUAGUCAUAAGGUUUUUUUUUAUAAUUAGUAGUUUUGCGUGACCGAAUUAUUUACUACAUUUUGUAGCAUUUUAAUGUGGAAUUUAUUUUAAAUUAACGAAAGUAAUAUUUAUUAUAAAUAUAUAAAAGUUUUUUUUUUUUUUUAAUAAAUGAAAAUGUAUUGGUAAUUCCGCCUGUGUUAUGAAUUAAUGUUAGCGGGAUUCCAGUGAGGGAUCAGAGUCAGGUCUUUAUCCCAUGAUGACAAAUUCACCAUUAGUUGACUAAAAUAGUUACCAGAUAGUAUCACGUGGAGAUUAUUAACAACCCCCCUUUAGUCCAUAUAAUUAAAUGGGUCCAUGAUAUUGGUAAAUGAAAAUGUAGAGUGAUUUCUUCCCUUGGCCAUACCAGAUAAAGUAAUUACAGGGAUUUAAAUGGCUCCAAAUAAGUUUUUUUUUUUAUACAACUUAGAAUGGGAAACAAGCUGACGGCCCACCUGAUGGAAAGUGGUAAUUGUCGCCUAUCAGCAGUACCAUGGACAUAACAGAGUACACUGUUUCGCCCAUGAUACCCCCCAUCCAAGUUCUUAUUUUUAUCUUUGGGGGAACCUUGUGGGGGUAAUAAUCAUCUGUAAAGAGUUUAACCAUAAUUAAUUUUUUAUAUACUUUUUUUUUAUAGAACUCUGAAUACCAAAAAAUUUAUGUCCAAUAAUAUCUCAUUUUGUUUUUUAAUUACCCUUUAAAAUGGUACAAUAUCAGUAAUUAUAAGUAGUACAAAAUUUAAUACAGUAAUGUAUAUUAAAUUAAAAAAAAAAUAUGGUAAUAAUUAUGGCCUCUUAUGAUUAUAGGGAUUCUGUUUCCUUUAAGUCCGCCUCAUCUCUCUACGCUUUGUAACUUCGAUGAAAAAAUAAAUCUUAUUUCAUUUAUUUUAAAGCCCAAUUUUAAACAUGGUCGAAAUUUCUCCAAACCAGUCUGUAUGGAAACUAACCCCCUUAUUCAUAAAAAAAUAAAAUCUCUUACAAACCUAUUUUGACUAUUACAGUGCUUUAUCAAUUUUUUUUUUUCAAAUUGAGAAGUUAUCGCAAAAGAAGGAGAGAAAACAGUUCAAUAGCUAAACUAGGUUUAUGAGAAAUUUGACUUAUUUAUGAAUAAGGGGUAAAUGUUUAAUAUUUUUGUAAACCUGUAAUGUUUCAUGAAUUAUAAUAGGAUUGUUUUUAAAGGGUUAAAAUAGAAUGGUCACUCCGCCUGCGCUAUCGAUAUACGCUAGUGGAUCGUAAUACGAUUUGCUCUGCAUAAUCUGCCAAAUUAAAUAUGCGUCGCGCACGACGGCAUUAUAUUAUCGGACUAGUACAUUUAUAUUGGCGGGUUAUACGAAACAAGUCCUAUUGCGAUUUUUAUGAUUUAUGGCAACACUGAUACUAGUCAGGCAUUAUGCAACAUUUAUUAAUGAAUUAGGCAACAUUAUGCAGUGGUGUCUUUGGUAAUAUAAAUUGUUAAAUACCUAUAAAUGUGUUUUCUCAAACGUGCUUGGAAAUGUGAGCAUUAUUUUAACAGUCUUCUUCGAGAUAAAUUGAAAUUGCCGUACUGGCCAGAUAUAUGCGGGCAGCGGCCGGCAAAAGUUGUAUGAAAAUCCCUUAUCUGUCGUGUUUUGCGGCCAGAUAAAUUACUAUGUAAACUUAUAUCUAUCCUGUAAUGUAAAAAUGGAAUGACCUUUUACUUUGAAACAUGGCCACCAAGGAGGUAACUAAUAAAAGGUUUUAUUUAAAUUUUGAACUGGCUUGCAAAUAGAAUGCUAUUUAUUGAAAAAAAAAAAACAAAGGAACAUUAUGGCGCUUGAAAAAUUAUUAUUGUUCGUUAUUCGUCAUUGAACUUAAAAAGUAAAAUUGUGUUUUUGAUUUCCGCGCAUUGUUUGAAAAAAGUACUAUACAAGCCUUGGCCACAACUAGGCAUUGAUGAACUCACGUAUGUGUACCUCGGCUACGCCUCGGCCCACAUUUGCACGUCCGUCCAUCAAUGCCUCAGUUGCUGGCCGCUGCAGUAAUGUACUAUUAUUAUCGCACAGAAAUGUAAAUAUAUAACUUAGUUAAGUGUGCAGUUGUAAUGUUUAAAAUUAAUAUAAUCACCAUGUCUUUAUGUCAUGAUAGGUACAAUUUGUAAUGUAAUUUUUUUAUUGACCUAUAUCUUCAGUUACUUGACUUUAAUACUGUACGGAAUUAUUUUUUUGGAGGAUCCAUUUAUAAUAAUAAUAUUUUUAUUUAUUCAUACAACAUAAGGUCCACUUUGUCAGUUAUAAUUUACAUAACCUACGAGUAUGUUAGUAAAUGAGCGAUCAAGACACUCUUACAUUGAUAACUUGUCCCACCCAAUAUUUUUUUUAUUAAUCAAGUGAAUUUAUAAAUCAAGCGAAUCAUUGAAUAUGUAAAUAGUUUUUAAUCAAAGGAUAUUAUUAUUGUUGUUAAUUAAUUAAAAAGUAUAUUCUGUUUCAAUAGGAUUUGGUAAGCAAUUACUGUUGAAAUUAGUAACAAAUUGAAAUUCAUGCUCAUACGCUUGAACUAUAGUCACGUACAGUGCGGUUUCAAUGGAAAUUUUCUCCCCCGAACGUUUGGGCUGUGGAAUGAGCUCCUUGCCGACGUUUUCUCUAGAGAAUACAGUAUAGAGUUGUUCAAAAAGGAUAUAUUAAGAAUUCUUCAGGGUGGGCAACGCGCACGUGACACCCCUAGUGUUGCAAGCGUCCAUUGGCUACAGUGACCAUUUACUAUCAGACGGGCUGUAUUCUUCUUUGCCACUUUCAUGGUAUAAAAAAAAUAAUACAUUUGUUAUUUGUACUACUGUUGGUCUUUUUUUUUUUUGAUGGGUGAAAAUGGUAUGGUAACCCCUUCUGCGCUAACGGAUACGCUGGCGGAGCACCAGUGAAGGGUGAUAGAUGAGAAUGAAAACUGGCCAGUUAGCCCAUCAUGAUGAAUUCAUCGGGAAUUAACAAUGAUAGUUUCCAGGGAGAACCGCGAGGAGGUCGACCUGGUUAGGUAUAUUGCUAACAAUGGGAUUCUUAGUCUCCAUUACUAACAAUCCCUUUCCCCCCAUACUACUGUUGGUCAUCAGUAGACUGUUUAUGUUAAACUGUUUAAGUUCUAUUGAAAUAGAUUGUACUAAAUAAAUUGACAUUACUACGAACAUAUCUUCACUUGCACAAUAAUUUGUUUUUAAUAAUUGUUCAUUGUGGUAAUUGAAUUAACCGAUUACGUUGUUGGUGACGAUGCACAAAAUUGUUAUUGUGAUAUAUUUAUGAUAUAUUUUCCCUAUCGACGGAUGCCAAAGUAUUGUGAUUAUGUUUUAUUAUAAUAACUGUUUUUUGUAGAUGUAAGAGUGCACUUCAAUAAAGACGAUAAAGCACA